AAACCGAGGAUGGGCUUUUUAUUUUGAAACCUCCCUCUAAAUCUGCGCCACGGUUUCCGCUCCGACGCCGCCUGAACAAGUCGGAAACAGCGGUCUCCAUGGAAACCGCCAGCCACAAACUUUUCCUCGGUCGAUGUCAGAUUCGCAGAAACAUGACUGGAGAGGGUGACUACAGCAAAUACGACCUGGCACGGCUGCGGGCAGAACUCGAGCAGGAGAGGGAAAUGAAAGAAAUGCUGGAAGAGUCGGUGUCUGACCUGCGCAGUACCAUGUGUGAGCUGCAAGAAAGACUGCACAGUGUUGAUGGAGAGGAGAAUGAGUGGAAGACCAGGUAUGAGACACAGAUAGAGCUAAAUGGACAGCUGGAAAGACAGAUCUCACUGAUUCAUGAGAGGCUGGAGGACCUACGGGGCAACCCCAUGGAUCGAUUGGCCUCCAUCCGAACUUAUGAUGACAUGCCAGUAGAAACAUUGCGACAGCGUCUGAAGCUCCUGACAGAGGAGAAGUCUGACCUCCAGAGCCAGCUGAUGGACUGUCAUCUCAGAACUGAACAGGAGGGAAAGGCAUUUCAUAAAACCAACGAUGAGAGAAGGGCCUACCUUUCAGAAAUUGCUAAGCUGUCCUCCACCCUUGAAGCCCAGAGAAGACAGUACUCCACUCAACCACAGAGGGCACCAGACAGUAAACUGAGGAGCUCAGUGAUUCACAGCAGAGGGAAGGAGACCAGCAGGAAUGCAGAGGCUAAUUCUAAGAAAGGAAAAGAAAGACAAGAAAUUGGAGGAGGAGCGCAUGUGAAAGGAGAAAGUGUUUGUGGAGCAACAGCAGAGAGAAAAGAAGAGAAGAAAUUCCAAAGGGGAAGCAGGUUACCCACCCUAAAGCACUACCUGAAAAACAAUCCCUAACCCCAAUCUGGUGUUAUAGCCAUUUAAAAAAAAGAAGUGAUGUUGCUGUCUUCUGGGUAUGCUGGAAUGACUGCAGUACAAUUAUUUAACAUACUCAUAUUGUCAUCACCAGAAUGUACUUAAAUGUCCUUCAGCUUCUUAUUGCUUUGUUCACAUUUCUCAAAAGUGGAUUGAGAGGAAACAGUGCAGUUCCUGUGUAGGUUUUCGACCCAUGUGCCACAGUCAGUGUUCUAAUUCAGCGUUUAUUUUACGAUUUAUGGCGAAUACAGUGUUACACUGAAUUCAUAGUGUAAAAUGUCAUUCAUAAUUAAGUCUGGCGUUGUUGUUUUCUUACACGUUUCUUUGUAAGGAGAAAUAUUUAAGAGAGAGGAAUAUUACAGGCUUUCAGUGUAGUGAGGUCACCUCCUAAUGUGCCAGAAGCCUGCUGAGUCUGACAUUUGUAGUGUCACUGCAGUUUUUUUUUUACAAAGCACCUCCUACGACUUGCAUUGCGUAAGCAGCACCACAUCUACCACUCUCUCUGUAUGUAGUUCAUCUACAGAGCAACCAGUCUCCCCCAUCCCACCCACUGACCACCUUUAUAGAUGUGGGUGUAAGAAAUCUGUAUCCAUAUAAGAACCAAUAGUCAAUAUGAAAAUUGCCAGAAGCUGUUUCAUUCGUGUUUAUGAAGAAGUGUGGAGGAUGGGUUCACUCUUGGUCAGCCUUAAAACACUGAAUUGAAACAAAAGACUUGGUCUUAACAGCAAAACCAGCAUGAAUUCAUCAUUCUGCCUUUUCCAUUUAGCUUUGUCUUAUGAAUAUAACAGAUUUGUCUUUCACUGAUUGGUCUGUAUGUUCAUUGAUGUAUUAAUUAGCUCAUGGAGGUCACAUCAAAUAACAAUUCAUAAAGCUGAAUUCUGUGUUACCUAUUCUACCACUUUAUGUCCAAGACUGGCAUGGCAGUAUGUUAUAGUAGCAAGUAACAAGAAGGGCAAAGACCAAGCUCCCAGCAUUAGACUACAUGAACUGUCCUCAAUGCCCCACCUUCAACACUUUCCUUACGUGAAUGAAUAAA